AUGAGCUCCAACAAUGGUGUUACGGGCAAGCUAUCAAGCAGAGUCAUGAAUAUGAAGUUCAUGAAAUUCAUGAAGAACGACGACGACGAAAGUUCAAAUUCUAAUACACCAUCAAACGCCAAUUCAGACACAGAAUCCACAGAACAGAAAUGGAAACAGUUUGGUCGAGAUAACUCAGAGUGGGAUCUCAAUAGUUGCAAUGACGAUGUGAAAGAAGACUCAGGCAAGGAAAAGAAAAAAGUAAAAAAACUAGUGUAUAAGAAGCGACCUCAUCUCAUAGUCUCCAAUGUUGGGUACAGUGAAUUGCGAAAAUCGGAAGACCUGAUAACUGGAAGAAAAACUUUUGGCAGCAAUACCGACGAAGCCAAUCCCAAGAAGAGAAAGCUUGAAGAAGGCGAACAAGAAGAAGAAGAGGGAAAAGGCUAUGAUCAAAAAAAGGAAGCCGCAGGAAAACAAGACGAAGGAGAGGAUGACUACGACCUGGAUAAAUUAUUCAAGGAUAGCAUGAAGAAGAAAAAGACUAACCAAGUCAAGAAGCCGAAAAAGAAAAAGUCAAAACAAUAG